AAAGUCAUUCCAAGGGCGCCUUCUUCUUUUUCAUCACUGAGCUCUCUCUCUCUCUCUCUCUCUCUCUCUCUCUCUCUCUCUAUGUGAAGACAUCCUUCGGUUCCUUCGUCAGUACCGCAGCUCACCAUAGCAGCCCGCAGCUAUGGAGCCUUCUCUGCUCCAUCAGUACCGCCGCGAUCGCCGGAAGCUUUUGGAGUACCUGAUUUCCUCCUCCUCAUCAUCGUCGCCAGCUGGCCUUGCCGCCUCCUCUCUCUCCGACGUCGAUUUAGACACUAUCAGUGCUGAUUAUGUCCUCAGCCGCCUACAAUCCGGCGGAGUUUUCGAUAUUGCCGAAGCGACGGAGCAGUACCACCGUGAAUCCGCUUAUCCAAUUUCGAUGCAUUUGCAACUGAAGAAUUCCUUUUUUUUAAUUACGGAUCCUGACCUGUCUGGAUCUCCACCUCGACGUGUGCCUCCUCGACCUGAUGUAAUGCGUAGCACCAAUCCUGCUUCAACUUCUCUACCAAAUUCUGAGGGUAGAGAUAAUGAUGGUUUUACAUAUCAAGAGGCCUCAUUUACACCUUUGAAGCUUGCAGAUGGCAAAGUUCCUUCGCUAGGAUUACCAUGCCUGGUAACAGAAUUUUGAAGGAUUGUCUGAUGAUGACCUGCAAGGAUCAGCCUACGAAAUAUUACUUGCAUCUAUGGUUUUCAAUGGGAUGGACCUACUUGUUCAGGAGAAGAAAAAAGAAAAAGGUUCGAGACUUUUGUCGGCUAUGAAGAGCAAAAAGAAUAGAAUGCAUGUGGAACCUCAACCUCUUCAUAGACAUUUGGAGCUCAUAAAUACUCUCCGCACUCAGAUGGAGAUUUCGGAAGCAAUGGAUUUGUACAUUAAACGGAGGUUGACACAGUUUGCUGAAAGUAGAAAUGGGCGAAUUGAUGUACCUCAGAUCUCCUUGGGUCUUUUGCAUGACAUUCAUGAGUCAGAUUUCUCUAAUGAAAAAUACUGUGUGCAGUGGAAGAGUAGACAGCUAAGCAUGUUGGAAGAAAUUAUCAAUUCCUGUGCUGAUCUUACAGAGAACGAGCGUCAGGUCGCCAGAACUUCUCUUGCAAGAACUAGAGAUCAGAAGGAAUGCAGUUCAACGAUGUCUCUAUCUGAACGUGCUGAGGUUCUGUCAGCUGUUUGGCAGGUUAUUACAAAGUUGUCAUCUCUACCUGGAAAGUUUGGUUUUGAAAGUGAAACCUACUACUGGACUGCUGUAUAUCACCUGAAUAUUAGACUUUAUGAAAAACUUCUUCUUGGCGUAUUUGAUAUCCUUGAUGAGGGCCAUCUCAUAGAGGAAGCAGAUGAAAUUCUAGAACUUGUGCGGAUAACCUGGUCUACUUUAGGCAUCACGGAGAAGUUGCAUGAAGUCUUAUAUAUCUGGCUCUGUUUCCAACAGUUUUUGGCGACACAAGAACCUUCACUGCUAGAGUAUGUGAUCUUCAAGCUAGAGAGAGUUCUUAGUGAUGAAGGUGGCGACCAGAAUGAAGACCCUUAUGUAAAUGCCCUUAAAUGUUCAUGGCAAUGCAACGGUACUGAGAGAAACUUGAGUCUUGUAGAGGCUAUUUUUCACUCUAUAAGCAUCUGGUGUGACAGUAAAUUGCAAGAUUAUCAUCAGCAUUUCAGAAAGGAAACCUCUAAUUUUAGGAGGGUGAUGACCCUUGUGUCAAUAACUGGAGUUCCUGUGAUGGAUGAUUAUGUUGGAAUUAAGCUCAUCAAGUUAAAUACUUCGGACAAAAGUGCUACGAGAAAACUCAAGAGUUACGUAGAGAGUUCCAUUGAGGCUGAGUAUUGUCGGGUAGCGAGUGCUGUUGAUUUGGAAUCCAAAAUGGAAAAAAUGCAUCCUCUCGCUUUACUUGCUAAUGAACUACACUCGGUGGCCAAGAGGGAGUUUAGCAUUUUCUACCCAGAACUUCGUAGUUGGUGUCCUGAAGCUGGGAUAAUUUCAGCCAGAAAACUCAACAAAUUUUAUGGAGAACGACUGGGACCUUACCUAGAGAAAUUGUCAUGCGUCUCUGAGGAUGUUAGAUCGGUGCUUUCAGCAGCUAAUAUGUUUGAUCAUGGUCUUACAUGUUUGUAUAUGUCUGCAUGUGAAGAAGACAGGAUGUUGAUCCAGGAACUGGACCAUUAUAAGAUUGAAGAACUUGCAGGGCCAAUCAUUCUUGAUUGGGUUAUUGCGCAGCAUACACGUAUUUUGCAAUGGAUUGAACGUGCGUCUGAUAUUGAGGAGUGGGAGCCUUUAUCAUCUCAGCAAAAGCAGGCAGCAUCGGCAGUUGAAGUUUUCAGGAUAAUAGAGGAGACCGUGGAUCAAUUUUUCGGGUGGAAUCUUCGGAUGAACAUGACUCAUUUGCAGGCUCUCCUUUCUGUAAUUUUCCACAGCUUGGAUGCUUACCUAUUGAAAGUGUCUGAACAAUUAGUGGACAAGAAACAUUUGUUGCCCUCUGCUCCUCCUCUAACUCGCUAUACGGAGAUGAAUAUCCCUAUAAUUAGGAGAAAGGUGAUAGAGUUUACCCUCAACGACAACACAGUGAAUGGCAAAUUAGCCGCCUCAACCAUAUCGAAGCUCUGUAUCAGAUUAAACACUCUUCAAUAUAUUAAGAAACAAAUUGGCAUAUUAGAAGGUGGUCUCAGAAAAUCUUGGGCAGAGUUGAGAUCGAUUGAAAAUCACAAACUGGGGAAAGAAGAGCCUCCAGAAAGUUCAGAAGAGGAUUUUCUCACUUAUGAUGAAACAGUUGAUGAACUCUUUGUUAGUACAUUCACUUGCAUAAAGGAUUCUUCCACUGAUGCUAUUGGAAAAAUUUGUGACUUGAUAGGGUCAAGAAUGGUGUUCUGGGAUCUUAGAGAUACAUUUCUCCUCUGGUUGUACCGGGAUACUGUUGAAGAUGCUCGACUAGAUAGAUUUCUUCCACAGUUUGAUACUGUCCUUGACCAUAUUUGUGGAGUGCUGGAUGAUUCUUUGAGAGAUCUUGUCGUUUUGAGCAUCUGUCGAGCUUCGCUGGAGGGUUAUGUCUGGGUCUUGCUUGAUGGAGGCUCUUCUCGUGCAUUUUCUGAUUCAGAUGUUUUGCUGAUGGAAGAUGAUCUAAAUACAUUGAAGGAAUUCUUUAUAGCUGAAGGCGAGGGACUUCCCCGUUCAAUAGUGGACCAAGAAUCGAAAGUUGCUGAACAUAUACUACACUUGUACUCCUUUCAGACUGAUGUCUUGAUCCAGAUGCUGCUAAAUGCCAGUGAACACAUCUCGUCAGGAUUAGAUUCACAAAAGCGUGGCAACGUCCCAGAAGAUGCUCAAAUUUUGAUACGGAUAUUGUGUCAUAAGAAAGACCGGGAGGCCUCGAAGUUCCUUAAAAGGCAGUAUCAGCUCCCCAUGGCAUCAGAGUACGAUGACACUCCAUCCAAGGAUUCUACGGGAUCAACGGCCAUAUCGGAAAUUUUCAAGCAAAGUGCCUCUGUGGAUUGGAAGGCUAAGGGCCAGAAAAGUCUAUAUUCAUUUAAGAAGAAAAUUCAAGAAGCGACAUCCGAAAUUAGGCAGGCAGCUUGGUAAUGCCAUUCCAGGUUUUGUAUUUUUGGGCCCCUUUAAGGUAUAAUGCAGACUUGGAUAGAGUACUAAAAUCGCAUUUUUCUGCUGCAAACGCAUCAAGUUAGAUAUAAGUCCUCCGGCACUAGUUUUUGUUUUCUCGGUUAUAUAUUUUUAGAUUCAAUGGCAAGUUAGUUCUUAAGCAAUAGAUGUGCUGCGCUUUAGGAAAUUUAUUGAGUUCAGAUGCGCAAGGAAGCCUCUGAAUCGAACUGCAGCUGUUAGUACUAGCAUCAACAGGCCCUCAAACAAUUUGCAUCUCAACUAUAUGCUGAGUGCACCUCGUUGUGAAUUACGCUUUUGUACUGUCAAAACAAAAGCACACGCUAGGAAGCAAUUUUUCUGAAAGCUGCCCGAUGCAUCUUUCUUUGGCCCUUUUCUUUGUAAUUCAUUAUCGCAUGUCCUGGCCUCUAAUGCGAUACGUGUUUCAGUCUACAACGUUAGUAGGCUUGAUGAAAUCGGAUUGUUUUUUUGUACGUCAAUUUUAUUCUAUUCUAUUUU